AUGGCGACCACCGAAUCCAAUUCGUCGACUUCGGCGUCGCAAUUGUUGUCGUCGUUGAUCCCGAAUUUGAUCAUCUUUGCCGUGUUUAUGCUCAUCUUCCUCUUAAUCAGGAAGAAAAACUCCCGAGUGUACGAACCUCGUAACACCGUCAAGACGGUGCCCAAAGAUUUGCAGCCCGAGGAGAGUCCCAAGGGUGCUUUUGCGUGGGUCACGGCUUUGUUCAAAAAACCCCAAUCGUACUUGAUUCAACAGACCGGGCCCGACGGCUACUUUUUCCUCCGGUACUUGCUUGAGUUCUGCUUCGUCUGUCUCCUUGGUUGCUUUAUUACUUGGCCGGUGCUAUUCCCUGUGGACGCCACAAACUCCAACGGAAACCAACAAUUGGACAUGCUCACCUACGGAAAUGUCAAGGAUAAGUGGAGAUACUUUGCUCAUGUGUUCAUCUCGUGGUUAUUCUUUGGCGCGGUACUUUUUGUCAUUUACCGCGAGUUGGUCUACUAUACCACUUUCAGACAUGCUUUACAAACCACGCCUAUAUACGACUCCUUGUUGUCGUCGAGAACUUUGCUUUUGACCGAGAUCCCCACCGCCGCAUUGGAGGAGCUUACCCUCAGAGAGUACUUCCCAACCGCCACCAACUUGUGGUAUGCCCGGGAUUACAAGGAGCUCAAGGAAAAGGUCAAGGAAAGAACCAAGUUGGCCAAGAAGUACGAGGGUGCCUUGAAUGGCUCUAUCAUCAAGGCCAACAAAUUGCGUUUGAAAUGCGAAAAGAAAGGCGAGCCUGUGCCCGAGCCGGUCGAUGAUUUGGAUAAGUACUUGAAAGAUGGCAAAAAGAGACCAACGCACAAGUUGAAGUUCCUCAUUGGCAAGAAGGUCGACACUUUGAACUACGGUGUGGAGAGAUUGGGCGAGUUGAACCGUGAAAUCGAGAAGGAGCAAUCGCAGCACAACGCCAGACCCCAACAUCCCUCUGUCUUCAUCGAGUUCCCUACCCAGCUUGAAAUGCAAAAGGCUUACCAGGCUCUUCCCUAUCACAAGGAACUCAAAAAGGCUGGCAAACACGUUGGCUUGGCUCCUGAAGAUGUGAUUUGGGAAAAUCUUGCGUUGACCACUACAAAGAGAAGAGUAAAGAAGAUCAUUGCCUCUACCGUCUUGACCUUGACCAUUAUCUUUUGGUCUAUUCCUGUGGCUAUUGUGGGUGCCAUUUCCAACAUCAAUUUCAUUAUUGAGAAACUUCCAUUCUUGGAUUUCAUCAACAAUAUGCCUACGGCCUUGUUGGGUAUCAUCACCUCUUUGUUGCCAACUGUUGCUUUGGCCAUCUUAAUGUCGUUGGUACCUCCUUUCAUCAAGAAGAUGGGUAAGAUCAGCGGUUGCAUCACCAUUCAGCAGGUCGAGAAAUACUGUCAAAAUUGGUACUACGCUUUCCAAGCUGUCAAUUCCUUUUUGGUUGUCACUCUUGCCUCGGCCGCUGUUAGCUCCAUUCAGACCAUUAUCGAAGACCCAACUUCGGCAUUGACUCUCUUGGCAGAGAAGUUGCCAAAGGCAUCGAACUUCUACAUCUCGUACCUCUGUUUGUACGGAUUAACCUUCUCGUCUGGUGCCAUUUUGCAGAUUGUCGCCUUGAUUUUGUCCAAAAUUCUUGGUAGAAUCUUGGACAAGACGCCAAGAUCUAAAUGGAACCGUGCCACCACCUUGCGCCAACCAUUUUUCUCAGUUCUCUACCCAGCUUUCCAAUUUGUGGCGUUGAUUGCCAUUUGUUAUGCAAUCAUUGCCCCGCUUAUCUUGGGAUUCGCCACUAUCACAUUCUUGUUGAUUUUCAUCGCGUUCAUGUACAAUUUGAUCCACGUGAUGAGACCAAACACUACAGAUGCUCGUGGUAGAAACUACCCGUUGGCCAUGUUCCAAAUGUUUGUUGCUAUCUAUUUGUCUGAAGUUUUGUUGGUUGCCUUGUUUGUGUUUGGUAAAAACUGGGCGUGUGUCGUUCUUGAGGCCGUGUUUAUUGCCUUCACUGUUGCUUGCCAUCUUUACUUCAAGUGGAAGUUUAUUCCGUUAUUCGAGGCUGUUCCUAUCUCGGCCCUCAAGUAUGCUGCCGGUGACCGUACAUUCCAGUACCCUAUGCACGAUCAAGGAUUGAAGGAGAUUAAGACUGAAGGUGAGAACUACUGGCAAGGUGGAAACCAACUUGGCUUGACCAACCAGAAAGACCAGGUCGUGCCUGAAAUAUCUGCUCUGGCUGAAACCACCGAGUUGCCUGCUCACGACGAAACGGACAUCAAUACUGCUGUUACUGAAGAGAAGCUGGUGGGCGCUGACCCCGAAGACUCCGACAGCACCCCAUGUAUGCAACAGAAGUCUAAAACAAAGUCCACUAUUGGAGGCACUAUCAAGAGAUUUUUCCGUCCGAAAAGAAACACUUUUGACAUGGUGCGUGAGUCGAUGCCUGAUGCAUACUUCAACUAUAUUCAGUACAACCCUGAUUUCGUCAGAACUGCGUACGAGGAUCCCGCUGUGAAUGACGAGGAGCCACAUAUCUGGGUAGUCAAGGACUCCAUGGGCUUGUCUGAAAUUGAGAAGAACAAAGCCCUCGAAAAUGGCGUCGACUGCUCUGAUGCUGACGCAUGUUUCGAUGACAAAGGAAAGACACAAUACCUUGGCCCUCCACCUUCUUACGAGGAGUCAAUUAAGGUCUAA